AUGGCGCAUCAAGGGGGCUUCUUUGUUAACGAAACUUAUGAUUACAUCAUUUGCGGUGGCGGAACCUCCGGCUGUGUAAUUGCUGGUCGAAUUGCAGGUAAUUCUGCUGCAUUGAUUCUCAUUAUUGAGGCCGGGCCUAGCAAUGAUUCAUACCCUGCUACUGCAAUCCCUGCUGCAGUUUCACAGAUACUUGGGACUGAGGCCGACUGGAAUAUCAAGAGUGAGCCCUGCGAAGAGCUUGAAAAUCGUCAGUUGCAUCUUGCGAGGGGAAAGUUUCUCGGUGGAAGCAGCGGUUAUAACGGCACACUGGCUAUUCGCGGGAAUCGACAAGAUUACGAUAAUUGGGGUCUUGAAAGGUGGAGUGGGGAUGAGAUGUUUAAAUACAUGUCAAAGGCCGAAGCAUUUCGCAAUAAGUCAUGGUUCGAUGCCGAGAAAGAUGCACAUGGAUACAAUGGUCCUAUCGUCACAUCUCCCCAUGACCCAGCACCAAUUUCAAAUCUUGUACUUGAAUCAUAUCAAUCAAUGGGAUUGCCCUUGAUUCCAGAUAUGUUUAGUACCGGCAAAAGUGCUCAUGGCUGCGGACAUGCUGUUCGAACAGUCUCCCAAGGCACUCGUACUAUGUCUACAGAUUAUAUCACAAGUUCCACGGAAAAUUCAGCUGGUGCGCUACGUGCUAAUGGUGUCUUCCUGCAAGAUACCACUGGCCAGAAAUCUUUCGUAAAAGCUCGCAAAGAAUUUAUCAUCUCAGCCGGAACAUAUGGAAGUCCAGCAAUCCUUCUCCGAUCUGGAAUCGGUGCUAAACAAGAAGUUGAAAAGCUUGGAAUCCAAAGCCAAGUUGAUCUCCCAGGUGUUGCAAAGAAUCUGAUGGAUCAUUUGGUUGUUCUUUCAUUCUAUGAAGUCCCCAAGCCAACCCUCACCAAUGAUCAUCUCAUUUGGCACCCCAGUGGAAAAGACAAAUCGUUAGCUCAGUAUAAAACCGACAAAACCGGAUUUUUCUCUCAAUUCCCAUUUGGAACUUUUGCAUUUGCUCGUCUAGACUCCAGAUUAGCAGAUUCCCACCUCUGGAACUCCGCUCCCCGCACCAAAGGUCUCGAUCCAAUGGGUCUCUCACCCACCCAGCCCCACGUCGAAUUCUGGAACACAGAAUGCUAUAGUCCAAAAUACAUGUUCAGGGACUUCCCCCCAGAUGGCAAGUACGCGUUUGCAAUGGCUACGGAAUUCUUCGCACCACGAUCAAGAGGUGAAGUCAGUCACAAGUCAAGCGACCCUACGGAAAACCCUAUCGUGAAUCAUCGGUAUCUCGAAGAUCCCUUGGAUAUGCUCGUAUUCAGCGAAGGGUGUCGCAUGGCGAAUGAAAUUGCAAUGAAGGGGGCAGGGACAAAGGAUAUUGUGAUUGGAUCAUGGCCACGUUCUAGAAAUCAUCACACGUUUACUACGCGAGAAGAAUGGGUACCUAUUAUCAGAUCCAAUGCAGAUACAUGCUAUCAUCCAGCCGGAACAUGCAAGAUGGGAAGACCAGACGAUCCUCUGGCUGUACUUGACGAAAAUCUCAAAGUGCGCGGGAUCACCGGUCUUCGCGUCGCAGAUGCAAGCGUGAUGCCCUCUCUCAUCGGAGGACAUCCCCAAAUGCCCGUUUACGGAAUCGCCGAAAAAGCUGCGGAUCUUAUUAUUUCUGAAAAGUGA